AUGACAAAAGGUGAAGGCAGUGCCAGUUUAACACGAUAUUACUAUGAUGCGUUGAAGCGAGUUUGUUUGCCAUUCAAUUAUUUCGGUCUCAAAGGGAAUAUGAAUAAUUUCAUGAGCCGAGAAGCAUGUGAGGUGAGUCACUGUGCUACUCAAUAUUUAUUGAAAUCAUAA